GGACCACCGACGACUGGCGACCCCACCAGCGUUCACCUUUGAAAGGAAGGCGCAGCUUGCGAGCAUUUUGCCGAGAACCUUGGAGAGUCGGCCAGGGUCCCAGUGUGGGGCACCUUGCCGCCCUCCCUGUGUCCUGCGGUGGUCCCCAAGCCCAGCGGGGGCCUGAGCCUGAAGACCGUAAACGUGACCUGCUUCAGCCUUAGAUGAGAAAGGUCCAAAAAGAAGCCAGGGAUUGGAUCUGAACCGUGGGAAUCGGCUUGUUGUGUGUGGUCCAGUGGAUUUAUCGUCGAGAUUGUAUUCCUUUCCAUGUUUAGGCUUAAAAUUCCUUUCCAAAAACAAUGGAAAAGGAGAAGCAGAUUUUUGUUUUGUUUGUACUGGGGAUUGAACCCACGGUCGCUUUACCGGUGUGCUCAUCUUUUGCUACAGGCCCCAGACAAAAUGAUGGAAUGUUCUAUGAAUUUCGUACCUAUGCUCUUAAACCCUCAAAGGUGAAUGAGUUCCUAGAAAACUUCAAGAAAAAUGUGCAUCUUCGGACAGCUCACUCUGAAUUGGUUGGAUAUUGGAGUGUAGAAUUUGGAGGCAGAAUAAAUAAAGUGUUUCACAUUUGGAAGUAUGAUAAUUUUGCUCAUCGAACUGCAGUUCGGAAAGCCUUGGCUAAAGAUAAGGAAUGGCAAGAACAAUUCCUCAUUCCAAAUUUGGCUCUCAUUGAUAAGCAAGAGAGUGAGAUUACUUACCUGGUGCCAUGGUGCAAAUUAGAAAAGCCUCCAAAAGAGGGAGUCUAUGAGCUGGCUACUUUUCAGAUGAAACCUGGUGGCCCAGCUCUGUGGGGUGAUGCAUUUAAAAGGGCAAUUAAUGCCCAUGUUGAUAGAGGCUACACAAGACUAAUUGGUGUUUUCCACACAGAAUAUGGAACACUCAACAGAGUUCAUGUUCUGUGGUGGAAUGAGAGUGCAGAUAGUCGUGCAGCUGGGAGGCAUCAGUCUCAUGAGGAUCCCAGGGUCGUGGCAGCUGUUCGGGAAAGUGUCAACUACCUAGUGUCUCAGCAGAAUAUGCUUCUGAUUCCUGCAUCAUUUUCACCAUUGAAAUAGUUUUCUACUGAAACACAAAAGAUUUCAUUAAUUGGCCUAAGAUGUGUCUGCUAAUGGUGCUUAAGUUCUUCCAAGAGAAUUAUUCUCACUUUUAUUUUAAUGAGGUGGUAAGUUAAUUUACUAUGUUCCUUGCAUUUUUUUAAAGCCAACUCUGUCAUCUAUUUAUCACCACUUAAGGAAAUAGUUCUAUUCAUUUUCUCCAUGAUGUGUCGGUGUUUGUUAUAUGUGAGACAUAGUUGUCACUACUUCAUGAUCUUGAUUUUUCAUUUGAUUCAGAAUAUCUUCUGUAUUUUGAAAGCCCUUUGCUUUAUAAUAUUUUCUCAAAUUCAAAUAAUGAUUUACAUUUCCUCGUCUGACAAUAUUUUUAAAUUAAGUACAUAUAAUAUAUCUAUCUUUUCAUGUUUGUUUUUUCUGAUAUCUAAAACUAUAUUUUUACCCAGUAAAGUUUACUUUGGAUAUUAAAUGGGAUUGACAAAAAUAUUAAAUUAAAUAUAUUUCUUUACUUUGGAAAAGUACAGUAUCAUAUGUGUCAUCUGUAUUAACUGUGGGCUUCACAUUAAUUAUUAGGUCAUUCUAGAAAAUAAUAUAAUUAGCUCACAUUAUUACAGUUUCAAGGAAGACUUGGUUUAUAUGCUGAAAUAUGUUCAUUUAUAAUUAAUUUUACUAAUUUUUACUUACCUUGUGUCACAAAGAUCUUAAGACCUUUUUUUUAAAGAAAUAUUUAUGAUUAUAGACAUGUUUACUGUAAUAAAAAAUAUAUAUAUUCAUUCUGA